AAAAUGACAUCCAUAACAGGCAAUAACAUCAAAUUAUAUAAAUACGAAAGUUUCUUGUAUUUUUUAUUGUGGACGAGUGCAGUAUUAUAUUCUAUUUAUAAUGUAUUUUUAAUUAAUACUUAUUUUAUUAAUUAUGAUGAUUUAUAUGGUGAUUUUGCACCAGGAUGGAUAUGGAUUGGAAGGAAACAAGAUAUUUCUGAUCAAGAAUGGAGAAUAUGGAUACCAUUAAUAAUAAAAUUAAUACCUUGGUUAUUUCAUCAUUUUGUUAGUCGGAUUGUUAAGAUUACAUCAAAUUUUGUGCUAUUGUGUUGUUGGUACAUCUUUAUAUCCAUGUUAUUUUUGUAUUUUUACAUUGGAAUAUUGGGCAUGCUAUGUGCAUUAAUGCAACCAAGUAUAUUAUAUAUUUUAACAUACAAACGUAAUACAUAUACUAUAUGGAUAAUAAAUAUAUUAUUUUUAUUUAUAAUACAUUUUUUAAAAAUUCCGGAUGGUUUUUUUCAAAAUAUAUUUAAAUUUAAUGAUGAAGAACAUUAUAUUUUAACUCUUAUAAUGUGUUGGAUUCAAUUAAGAAGUAUCAGCUAUUGUAUAGAUAAUAUAAAAUCACAUUUAGAAAAUAAUUAUGACAAUAUGCUUUUCUUUGUACAAAAUUUUCUAUAUAAAUUAGCAUAUUGUUUAUAUUUGCCUACAUUAUCCUUAGGACCAUUAAUUUUGUAUCAUGAAUUCAUUAAUUCUGUAAUAGGAACAUCUCAAUUUUUGAAACUUGCAAAUUUUGGAAAUUUUAUUUUUAAUUUAAUUAGAUAUAUUUUCUGGAUAUUUUUUGCUAACUUUUUCUUACAUUUUCUUUAUUUUAAUGCAAUACAAUAUCAUCCAGAGGUUAUUAAAAGUUUAAAUCCAUGGGCUUUAUAUGGAUUGGGAUAUUGCAUGGGACAAUUUUUUUUAAUUAAAUAUGUUGUAGUAUAUGGACUUAAUCAUACUUUAUGUGCAAUAGAUAAUGUAAGAGCCCCUCCGCAACCUAAAUGUGUAGCAAGAAUUCAUUUAUAUUCUGAUAUGUGGAAAUAUUUUGAUCAAGGUUUAUAUAAAUUUCUUAUAAGAUAUAUUUAUGUACCUCUGUUAAGAUUAAAUUUCAGCAAAUUAGUUGCUUCUUUUUUAUGCUUUACAUUUAUUUUCAUAUGGCAUGGAAUGCAAACAAACAUUUUUAUUUGGGCAUUCUUGAAUUUUAUAGGAUUAAAUAUUGAAAGUUUAAUUAAAUCAGCUGAAAAAAACAAAUAUUAUUCAAAUGUACAAAAAAGAUAUCUAUCACAAACAAAUUUCAGACGUUUCAAUUGUAUUUUAACAAGCCCAUUAUUAGCCAUGUCAGUAAUAUCCAAUUUUUAUUUUUUUGUUGGAGAAGAAAUUGGAAAUAUUUACAUCUAUAGAAUAUUACAUGAUACAUGGUACAGUAAACUCAUUUUACUGUUUUUUCUUUAUUGCUGUUGUCAAGUCUCUAUAGAUAUAAAAAAUUGGGAAUUACGAAAAUAUUCAAAACUAUAAAACAUUAGAAAUUCGACACUAUACAAAAUAUUUUGAAAAAUUAUUCAUAAUUAUAUUAUCAAAUAAUUUUUAAACAUUUUAUUAUUUUAAGUACAAAAUGAAUAUAAAAAUACAAUAUAUAACUAAAAUUAUUUUUUUUCAUUAAUGUCAUAUUAAUGUUUAUUACAAAUGAUAAUAAAAAAUUAGUAUAAACGUAUGAAUAUUUUUUUAUAUAAUUAGUAUUUAUUUUAUGUUUAUUAUUUUAUAUUUAUUUUAUACUAUUAAUAUUUAACUUUAUAGUACAUACAAGGCACAUUAUAUCUCACAAUAUAUUUUUUGUGAAAAUAAUUUCUUAACUCUUCACUUUUAUAUUUUAUACAAUAUUUAAUCAAUUUAUUUGUAUACAUAUUUCUAUGCAGAUACAUAUUUCUAUGCAAUAAAUGCUUUUAUUUUGUUCAUCUAUUUUAAACAUUUAUAUUUUUAUUUUUAAAUA